CAUUGGCAUAUAGGACAUCCACACGAGGUGUAGUAGGUAGCUAGAAACCUAGAAGCCAUGGGGAAGAGGAAGUCGGCGAGCUCGAAAGCGGCGCCACGGAAGAAGAUGGAGAAGCUAGAAACGACCUUCUGCUGCCCGUUCUGCAGCCACGCCGCCGCCGUCGAAUGCGUCAUCGACCUGGAGCAGGAGAUUGCCACGGCGUCGUGCUACGUCUGCCAGGAGAGCUACUCCACCGUGCCCGACACGCUCACCGAGCCCAUCGACGUCUACAGCGAGUGGAUCGACGAGUGCGAGCGCGUUAACGAGGGCGUGCCUCGUCACCGCCGGCCCGUGGUCUGUAAGCUGUUCCGCUGUUCCUGCGCAACCAAUGUGUGGCGGGCUGGCGGCGGCCGGCGGGACAGAAUAGGUUAGCUUAGCAAUGCAAGGAGAACGACGUACGCGUCCGUGCAAACGGUUGAUGCUGAACUAUGUACGUCUUGGUUGUUCCGUCGAAAUUGCAUGGCAAGUGUGUACCGAUAUGUACUGUAGUAUACUAGCUAAUCUUUUGCGAUGUUUGUUAAGCUCG